AUGAAGGCUAUUGCCGCUCUCGCUCUCGUUGGCGGGGCUAUCGCCGCCCCGACCAAGACGGUCGAAAGCCGUCAGCUCCCAGGAUGGGGCUCACUCCCUGGCCUCGGUGGCUCUGGGUCUUCCACAGACAGCGGCCUGGGUAGCCUCGCUUCUCUGAUCCCUGGUCUCGGCAGCUCUGGCGGCAGCCUCCCCGGACUUGGUUCUUCCACCGGCAGCGGACUAGGAAGUCUCUCCUCCCUCAUUCCAGGCCUUGGUGGUUCCUCGUCUGGCAGCAGCCUCCCCGGACUCGGUGGCUCCUCCACCAGCAGCGGUCUCGGCAGCCUUUCCUCCCUUAUCCCCGGUCUGGGCGGCUCUUCUUCAUCCGGCAGCGGUCUCCCCGGUCUUGGAUCUAGCACUGGUAACAUUCCCGACCUGAGCAGCUUGCUGGGCGGUUCCUCUUCUGGCAGCUUGCCCGGAUUGACUAAACGUGCGUCGAUUACAGAGAACGGAGUGACCCAGAAUUCGGGCUGCCAGGAGCUGACCUUCAUCUUCGCCCGCGGGACAAGUGAAAUGGGCAACAUGGGGUCGGUUGUCGGACCCCCCGUCGCCAACCAGCUGGCCUCUCUGACCGGAAACAAGGUGACGGUGCAGGGUGUGGACUACCCUGCCGAUGCAGCUGGAAACGCCAUGAUGGGCGCAUCGGGCGGACCUAAGAUGGCCGAGCUCAUCCAGCAGGCCAAGAAGCAGUGUCCGAACACCAAGGUCGUCCUGGGUGGAUACUCCCAGGGUGCCAUGGUGGUGCACAACGCCGCCAGUAAGGUCGGUGCCGACGCCAUCUCCGGCGCUGUCUUGUUCGGCGACCCGUUCAAGACGCAGGGUGUCGGCCAGCUGGCCGCCUCGAAGGUCAAGGAGUACUGUGCUUCUGGGGACCCUGUGUGCCAGAACGGCAUGAACUUCAUGGCCCAUCUGUCCUAUGGUUCCAAUGCCCAGGAAGCUGCUCAGUUCUUGGUCCAAGCUGCUGGCCUCUCGGGGUCGAACUAG